ACCAUGGCCAUCUGGCUUUGGAUUCCUUUUUCCAGGGAGAAAAAAUGCGUGGUAUUCUGACAGAGUUGCCUCUGCCUCAACUCACAAGUGGACAAGCGAGAACGGGAGAAGGAUGCAGUAGUGCCAUGUUGGAAAUAAAGAAUGAAGUCCAAUUAAUAAUUUGGCGGCUGGUCAUCAUGUGGAUGUGGUUCGAACAAGCGCUUCAGGAAGCGCCUGCAGGUAAAAGUCCGACUGCCCCGACAGUUGUUGAUGCAAACCUGAUGUUUGAGUUUUUGCUGGGCGGGGUGGAACUCAACAAGGACAACAACAUUGUCCUCCUUGAUGAGGAGAUGGCAUCGAUGAGGCUGGGGCGGGCCUUCCUCUCUCAGAUCAAUGACAACAUUCCCAGAAGUCUGAGUUCCAUGGAGCAGAUGGUGGACAUGCUGAAGAGUUGGAGGAAACAACAGCUGACUCAGGAUCAGUUUGAGAGCCUGGUCUUAAGCACAGUGCUCUCGGCACACCAGGCCGGGAACCAGCGCAGACCCGAGGACCAGGAGGCCUGGGGUGGAGUGCUCUUACAGCUUGCAAAUGUCACAGUGCGUGACCUACGUGGAAGUUAUUUCUUCUAUUAUACAUAAAACAUAUACAUGGGCGAUAAAUAAACAAUUCAUUUUGA